UCAUUUAGGUGUAUGCGAAAGGUGUUGUAGUAUAGCAUGCCGUUAGUUGGAUGCAAUAACUGAGGUGGCGCUUGAAUCGGUUUCUUUCAAACAUGGGCUGUUUUACCGAUACGGAAUUCGAAGUUCGACCUCGACUUUAAAUUGAGGCACCAUAAAUACCAUUUUACGGUACUUUUAUGUCGUAAAGUCAUGCGAAAAUAUCCCAUUUCGUAGAUGACAUUGCCAAAUUUUUAAAAAUUAACAGCGAAGGGAAUGAUUAUUAAUAACUUCUUUGUAACGAACAAUUUAUAACUUUUAUGAUUGAUUCUUAAUCUACAUACUCGCAACAACUUUCACAUACAGCUUUUGUAAGGAUCCAGCUAGUAAUUAAUUAAUUAUAAAUAAUUAUAGGGUCGACGAAUCAAACUUACAGGAACGAUCAUUCUAAAAAUUCUUAAUAAUUAAUUAGUUACUUACAGAAGACUUGAAAACCCUAAACCUAUACUAGAAAAAGCUAAGAUGCUAUUCUUUAUUGUUUAAUUAUUGAAGCACGGAAAUCGAUCACUGGAAAGCAGAAAACUAUGAAAAUUCCCCAGCUCAGGUAAACGAAGAUCGAGCAAUCAAUCCAAAAAUUAUUAUAAUUAAUUAAUUACUAGCUGGAUCCUCACAAAACCUACAUUAGAAAGUUGCUAUGGGUAUAAAGAUUAAGAAUCAACCAGACAUCACGGUAAUUAAUAGAAAUAUACUAUUACUAUCGAUUGCACGACAAUUCAUGAUGAAAAUUGGUACACGAUUCAAACUACUAUUGGAUUUAUAAUGCUAUUGGGCCAAACUUCCGCUCCUUCUCUAUCAAUAGUCAUAGCAAAAGAAAAAUCAUAGAGUUGUCGACCUUUUGCUCACACAAUUUCAUUGAUCCCGUUCUGGUAACACUUUCUAAGAAGAGAAGGACCAAAGCGCGAUCUUGUCAAGGCGUAAGGUCGGUCCGAAUAGUGCGCACCACGCACCAUGGACACCAGUGAAAGUAUAUAUUCCUAUACCCCACCCUGGCCGAUGCUAGAUCGGAACUCGUGCACGCGUACACUAGGAAGGGGCACAAGCUCGAAUGUAGGUAUCGGUACACCGAAUUACCCACGUUGCUAGGUAAGAUCGUCGCGCGUAAAAUCGCACAGGACAAACCCUGACGUGGUCUGGACCGAACCGUGCGGAAUACAUAUAUACGAGUGACAGUGACGGUGACUAACAUAAGAUAUAGGCGAUCGCACUCAUUCUUUUCACUUGAACCGUGUCGUUACACAGUGGUGUUCUUAAUCGAAGUCUUCAACGCUAGCUCGACAAUCAUUAUUUUGAAGUUUAACAUUUUUUCCCUGUGCAAAGUGAACUGCUCUUUAAUUGGGUUACGCUCAUUGUUGGAAGAUAGAUCUAUUCGCACAGAGUGGCGUACUGUUUUCACGGCCAACGAUACCCGUAAACGCAUACACCGCGAAUGACUCGAUGAUUGCACGUCAGUGUUUCCGCGAUCCGUUCAGUUUGCGAAACACAUCCUCCCGCGCGGAUAACCGGCACGUGCUUCCACGAGCGGAUAACCGUUUAUCGUGUUACAGUAACAUUACUUCCGCAAGUAACAAUUAUGUAAUUUAGUCGCUGCGUUUCCGUCGAAACACCCAUAGUCGCUGAAACUGUACCUGUCGCCGUUGUACUCGCUAUUGAUAAGAAUAAAAAGUUGGUGAACAGACUUGAAUUAUUGCAGUGAAGUGUUCUCGUUAGAGUGACCGAUGCUCGGAUCAGACAUGAGGCCAUUUUUCAUACUACUCAUAAUUACAUCGUUGGCGAACAGUCACAACGAGCCCUGCCUCGAGUACGGAUGUCCAGGACGACCGCAGUACGAACCAUUUGUACCUGCACCUCCUGGGCACACUCCUAAUUGCGCAAAGCCGGGGCAAACGUUCUGUGAAAGUCCCGAUCAUUAUCCUCGACAGCUGAUCAAGUUUCUCGUGGAAAAAUGCAGCUUCGACUUUAGCUCGGUGCUCAGGGACGAAUCUAAAGACGAUUUCAACAUAUACAGGUCGGUGCCGGAUUACGCCGAAGGUUAUGAUUACACCCCGCAUAGAGGGCCACAAUUACAUUCUCAACCAUUACCAUUUCUACCGCCUCAGUAUCCUCUAAGAGGGCAGCCGGCUUUAAUUUACGGAUCUCCAUCCAACGACACUCACCAGAAUGGCUACAGGUACAGCACGCCUGCCCAAAGGAAUCCAUUUUUAGUGGAUGGAACACCUUCAGUCAAAUACCAUCCUGUCGGCCAACGAACGCCCGAACGUCACUUCUAUUCUCAAUCGCAAUCCUUGAACUCAUUUGGACAGGGUCAAACAUGGUGGGCAAACAGAUACACGCGUAACAGCAAAGCUGCGCCACGCUCGGUCUACGAGAAUCCGUUGCUGAAGUACAGCAAUCCGAGCAAAAUGCGCAACAAGAGACAGUCUAAUCUCGAUUCGAUUCCUCUCUGUCCCACGGUGCCGCAAUACAUCACUCCGAGGGCGGCCCUGAACAAUCAAGGGAACUGGAUGUACGUGGUGAAUCUUCAGGACCAGAAUCAGAAGUACUCGCAAAUUGUCAAGAGCGAGAAGUGCUCGACAAGUACUUGUAACGCUCUUUGCUCUGUUCCUGCGGGGUACACAAGCAAAUGUCAACAACAGUAUGUCCAGAAGAGAUUAGUGGCGCUGGAAGGAAGCGGAAACCAGCUGUACACCGACGUAUUUUGGUUUCCACACGGCUGUAGCUGUCAGAUUAUGUUGAAUUAUUGAAGGAAUGUGACCAAACGGAUCGUGAAAGGUCGAGAAAAGAUUUCUCUCGAGAACAUGCUCGAGACGAAUGUGUACACUAAUACGCAGCAUUGCGAGGAUUCUCGUAGUGUGUCUUUACGUAGCGGUGUAAUACUUAAAAAAUGAAAAAUUAAAGGAACGCUGGACUUUGUCAACUCCUUUUGAUCAUCGAGGAAAAGAAAGUGCAUGGAUUAAAAGAAAUAAGACUACAGGUAGAGAUAUUAAUGAACUUUGGCAUAGUACUUCUAUUUAAUUCUUACUCGUUUAAUACUUAACUAAAGUACCUCCAGUUUCUUACUAUUUUAUGUUGAUUUAAACACGAGUGAUUUAAUCGUACUGAUAUGACACAAAUAUUUAUAAAAACAAUGCGAUACGCUAACUUUUCUACUGUCGAUAGUAUAGGUAAUUGUUUAUAAAUAAAGAUUUAAGAACUUAAGUUAAA